UACGUUACUAUUGCCAUCGCAGGACGUCAGUGCGGAGAGGGGUUCCUGGGGAAGGGAGACAAUAUUCAACAUGUUCCUGGUGACGCUGUUUGUUGCAGGCAUCGCUGGUGCUGCCGGUAGCCGGAGUAUCGACCAGAAUAUACCGGAAGUAGCUGAAGGCAUAAAGAUCUUGAACGAGGGCACUAGAUUUGACCUCAACCUGGCCCAACAACGGGCUAAGUUGAGCGAGAGAAUAGCAACAAAAUGUGUGAACAACCUCAAAUACCGGCCGCUAGAUGGCGUGUGUAACAAUAUUAAGAAUCCGAACUGGGGAGCGCCAUUACAAGGGAUGAGGAGACUCCUUGACCCCAAAUAUGACGAUGAUAAAGGUAGCCCUCGCUUGUUCGCGGGUAACAAAGAGCCCCUCCCCAGCGCCAGGGUGGUCAGUGUGGAGUGUUUCACCAACGACAGUAAGGCGACAGAGGAUAAGAAAUUCACCAGGAUGAUGAUGCAGUGGGGUCAGUUCCUUGACCACGACCUGACGGGGACGCCAAAAACUGACGCGAAAUCCUGUUGCCCCGGAAUGGCUACGAAUGGCGUCCACAGUGACUACCAGUCUGAUGGCCCCUGCUUCCCUAUACCGAUUCCGACCGGAGACAGACAGUUCAGGAACUGUAUGGAGUUUAGUCGGUCCCAGCCUCUAAGGACUACAUUAGUGUGUACUCGAACAGAGAGGUGUCGCCGAGAGCAGCUGAACGCCCUCACCGCCUACAUCGACGGCAGCAACGUCUACGGAGGUUCCAAGAAAGAGGCGGCCGAACUCCGAACAUCAUCUGGAGGACGAUUGGCGUCGACGAAGGGCGGCACACGUCUUCCACACACCAACCAGACCACGUGUCUGAAGCGUACCGGACAUUCCUGCUUCAAUGCUGGUGAUGUCCGCGUGAACGAGUUCCCAGGCCUGACUUCCAUGCACACCCUAUGGAUGCGGGAGCACAACAGACUGGCGGACGCGCUAGCCAGAAUAAACCGUAAAUGGAACGACGAGACAUUGUUUCAGGAAGCCCGUAAGAUUGUCAUUGCAAGUAUGCAGCACAUCACGUACCGUACCUGGCUCCGCAAUGUCCUCGGUGACAAGGUGUACCGACUGUUUGACCUGUCCGGGACCUAUCGAUACAAUGCUUCUGUAAACCCCGGCAUCUUCAACAGCUUUGCGGCGGCAGCGUUCAGGUUUGGUCACUCUCAGAUCGCUGGAACCUACAAAGUCAAGGGCAACGCAAACUUGGCGAUAUCAGAGAUGUUCUUUGACACCUCGUUCGUCACCAAUGGUUACGAUGAAAUUCUAAGUGGACUGACAGUUGACAAGGCCCAGGGUACCGACAAAGCGUUUACAAACGGCAUCAUUGAUCACCUGUUUGAAAACACAUUUGGCGCCGGUGCAAGUUUGGACCUGGUUGCGCUCAACAUUCAAAGAGGGCGGGAUCACGGACUUCCUCCUUAUAUGGACUUCAUCAACCACAUGUCAAAGAUCCCGGGAGUGAGGAGCCUUCUUAGGGAUGACCUUACGGUACCAAAGUGCGCCGUCGGACUGUACAAAUGUGUGAACGAUGUGGACCUGUUCGUGGGCGGUAUGAGGGAGCAACCCCUUGGAGAUGCUCUGUUGGGACCAACAUUUGCCUAUAUACUGGCAACACAGUUUCAAAACCUACGCUUGGGAGAUCGAUUCUGGUAUGAGAGAGCCGAAACCUUCACUGCAGCACAGUUAGCUGAGAUACGAAAGGUGACGUUGUCUCGCGUCAUCUGUGACAACAGCAAGAUCGGUAGAAUCCAAAGAGAUGCAUUCAGACUGAUUACCCGCAGCAAUCGGGAGAUACGCUGUCGUCAUCUGCCAAGUCUUCACCUUGGCAAAUGGAAAGCCUAGUAUUGCGAAAAUGAAUAUUUUCAUUUUGUGACAAUUGAACCUGUUCGCCAAACUGUCCUUACAUCACAUGUUCUUUGUAAAACCUUCCGCCUUCUCUUUGCUGCAACGCUAUUAAAUGUGCAGUAGUUGCAUUUCCUGUAUACAUUACACUUGCUGAUUAAAACAAUUCAUUGCA